UCUGAUGCUUAACGCGAGUAUCAAUAGUGCUUUCACACUACUGACGCGUUAGUUAUUUAUUCCGACCUUAUGUAAUGGCAAACUUGCAAGUCCCUCAUAGUCUUGUGUACGUCUCUGUUAUCGUGCCAAUAUAGAUUGUCGGAAUCACGUGCAUGCUCUACACUAUCGCGUCUCUCUGUCUCUCACAAGUGAAGCCUACCACAUUUCAAGGAUUAUCAGUCUGAUGUGGGAUGGUUUUACUGAUUCCUAAUUCCUAUGGUCACUCAAACUGGAAUGACUGACAGGGCCAGAGCGAUGGGUCUGGAAGUGGAGAUGGCUGCACCGCUGCAUUUGCAGCGUUUGGAGCGCAGCCUCAAUAUACAACCAUUUCUCAACCAAGUUAACGAGCUUUUCAAAGAUCAAAUGAGUGAAGAAGAAGAAUCUUCAGAGCAGGAAUCUAUUGAAUCAGAUUCAGAACUCAAUGACUCAAUAUCACCAAGAGAAGAGAAAAAAAAUAACAAGCUCCGAGUGUACAAUAUGAGCAAUGUUGGUGAAGAGAGACAGUGGUUGAGAGAUAUUUUGGUAAGUGAUGCCAGUGACUCUUCUUCAUCUGAAUCUGAUUCAGAUAAUUCCAUCACAGAAGAAGAUUUUCAAGACAUGUUAAAAGCUCAUUUAUUAAAGAAAAAGUAUCAAGCUCGUUUCUAUCAAAAACCAGAGAAUAUUCAAUAUCAGUAUUAUGGAGCAGGUUUAUUAUCCAAUCAUGACAGAUUUUUGGAGCAUCAACAGAUGAUUGUAGGAAAUAAGAAGAAAAAAGAAAAAAAGGUAGAGAAAAAAAUAAUAAAAGUCAAGAAAGAAAAGACAGCACAUUAUAAAGGGGCCCAUGAAAACAAAGAUCAAAAGUAUUCAGCUGGAAAUUGGGAUAAGAGUAGGGGCCCUGAUCAGUCUGAAGGGUCAGAAUUGGAAUUAACAUUAAAACAUCAACCUCGGGGUAGAGGUAGAAAAAAGCAUAUUAAUAAAAGUCCAGAGGUAAUGGCAAUACGAAGACGAAAAAUUUGGAUGAUGAUGUCGAAAAAGGAGCUUGGAAAAGUCCAAAGAGCAAAAAUUAACAAUCACAAAGAGAUGCUUAUCAGUUGUAAAAAAGUAGCCCAACAUUGUAUGAAAUAUUGGAGGCAAAAAGCAAUGCAAUCUCAAAAAAAUAUGAAGGAAACAAUUUGGCGGCAAAAACGUUUAACGCGAGAAAUGCAGUCUUAUUGGAAACGAUAUGACCGUGUUGAAAGAGAAACUAGAAAAAGGCUAGAAAAAGAGGCUGAAGAACAGCGAAAAAUGGAUGUUGAACUGAUUGAGGCAAAGCGACAACAGAGAAAAUUGAAUUUUUUAAUCACGCAAACAGAGCUUUAUGCUCACUUUAUGUCACGCAAAAUGGGUAAAGCAUCUCCCGAGGAACAAUUGAGAAUACUAAAUCAACUAGAUGAAGAGAAGAACCCCAGGCUUGCUGGGAUAGAUGAUUAUGACAGUGAACUUAUGAAGCAGAAGGCGAAGAAAAAUGCCAUGGAUGCUUUUGACAACGAACGAGCGAGAUCUCAACAAUUUGAUCCUGCGAAUAAUCAAAGAUUAACAUUAAGUGAUACACCCGAAAAUAUGGAGCAUCCACAGCCUUCGAUAUUUAAAGGAAUGUUGAAGGGCUAUCAAUUGAAAGGCAUGAAUUGGCUUGCUAAUCUCUACGAUCAGGGCAUCAGUGGCAUCUUGGCAGAUGAAAUGGGUUUAGGAAAAACUGUGCAAUCCAUAGCUUUUUUGUGUCACAUUGCUGAGAAAUACUCCGUAUGGGGACCUUUUUUAAUAAUAUCUCCCGCUUCAACGUUGCACAAUUGGCAACAAGAGAUGGCAAGGUUCGUUCCAGAUUUCAAAGUUGUACCAUACUGGGGUAAUCCCCAAGAACGUAAAAUUUUACGACAGUUUUGGGAUACUAAGGAUUUGCACACUAAAGAAGCUUCUUUCCACGUUGUGAUUACAAGUUACCAAUUAGUCAUUACAGAUUAUAAGUAUUUCAAUAGAAUAAAAUGGCAGUACCUGAUUCUUGAUGAAGCUCAAGCUAUCAAAAGUACAAGCAGUAUGAGGUGGAAGCUUCUUUUGGGAUUUAGUUGUCGAAAUCGUUUGUUGCUCAGUGGAACACCAAUUCAAAACAGUAUGGCUGAAUUAUGGGCCCUUCUACACUUCAUCAUGCCUACUUUGUUUGAUUCACAUGACGAAUUUAAUGAAUGGUUUUCAAAAGACAUCGAAAGUCAUGCCGAAAAUAAGACCGGCAUUGAUGAGAAACACUUAUCAAGGCUGCACAUGAUUUUAAAGCCUUUUAUGUUGAGAAGAAUAAAAAAAGACGUAGAAAAUGAAUUGUCCGAUAAAAUUGAAAUAAUGGUAUAUUGCCCUCUUACGACGAGACAGAAAUUAUUAUACAAAGCUCUCAAAAAGAAAAUUAGGAUAGAAGAUUUACUACAUUAUUCUGUUGGAGAUAGCGCAAUCAACGACAAAAACUUUACUUCAAAUCUAAUGAAUCUAGUCAUGCAAUUUAGAAAGGUCUGUAAUCAUCCAGAACUUUUCGAGCGUCGAGACGCCAAAUCUCCAUAUUUUAUGCGUACAGAGUUGUUCGAAUUACCUUCCCUGUUGUUCAAAGGAUACAUAUUCAAUCCUGUAAAUCCGUCCAAAGAGCAUCUUUUAUACAAUAAAUUUUUUUUAUUUGCCAGUGAAUACAUUCAUCGUUCUCUAUUUGAUGAUAUCGAUGGAGAACGUUGCUUCUCCUUCAGUCGCUUUAGUAAUUUAUCUGCUACGGAAUUGAAUAGUAUUUUUAUUGGUGGAAUUUUAUUCAGACUAUUGCACGCAUGGAGGCAAUCAAAAGUUAUGAGCGUCAAACAACAUUGGGAGGAUUGGUAUGAAGAUGAAAGCUUCAUACCGUCGAAUAUAUCGUGGCUGUUAACACAGAAAUUGAAUAGUUCAUCUCAGGCGGCUAGCGACUUGAUAUUUACGAGAAAUAUCCUCAAUGGAGAUGCUGUACAUACUCACACUACCCACAUGAUUCACUCGAUGCCGGAAACCGUCGCUCAUAGGAUACUCCGUAGUAGCAAGAAGGCUAAUCAGCCGGUGAAACUUCAGAGGGCGAUCUGCUCGGUGAAAGUUGAGCAGGGCGAAGAACUGAAAGUUCCAUUAUUGCCUGAACAUCCUCAUGUAUCGAGGCCUUCUAUUGCACGACAUUGUCAGUUAACUAUGCUACCUUCUUUUGUUUGUGAUAACAUUCCUAAGGUUAUAGCUAGUUCGAGAAAAGUUUAUAUGAGCCAUUGCUCGGCAGCUCGCGCGUGGCGCAGACAUGAAGAGUGCGGUGGUUUAUUCGCUAAGAAAGUUGUGCUUUUCGGCUGUGAUUUAGCUCAAAAUUUACCUCUAAAUGUUAAUAACAUUCGCACUAUCCUUUCCACUCAGUUUACGUAUCAGCAGUUUGGAGGUUUGGCUGUUAGUCGACCGUUGAGUGGAUGGUCUAAUAUUAUUGUACCAGACAAACAAACUUUGGUCACGGACGCAGGAAAAUUAGCCGUAUUAGAUAAUCUUUUGAAGCGUCUCAAAGAGCAGGGUCAUCGUGUUUUAAUUUACUCGCAAAUGACGAAAAUGAUAGAUCUGUUGGAGGAGUACAUGUAUCAUCGAAAACAUACGUUUAUGAGAUUAGAUGGGUCAUCAAAGAUCUCGGACCGCAGAGACAUGGUUGCAGAUUUUCAGAAGCGGGCGGAUAUAUUCGUCUUCUUGCUGAGUACCAGAGCUGGAGGUUUGGGAAUUAACCUUACCGCUGCGGAUACGGUGAUAUUCUACGACAGCGACUGGAAUCCAACGGUCGACCAGCAAGCGAUGGACCGUGCUCACCGCCUUGGCCAAACCAAGCAGGUAACCGUCUACCGACUGAUCUGCAAGGGCACCAUCGAGGAGCGCAUAUUGCAACGAGCCCGUGAGAAGAGCGAGAUCCAACGAAUGGUGAUCAGCGGCGGUAACUUCAAACCGGACACGCUCAAGCCAAAGGAGGUGGUGUCGCUGCUGCUGGACGACGAGGAGAUCGAGGCGAAGUACAGCCAGCGGAGCGAGGAGAGAAAGCUGCACGCCGAGGAGGCCCGCGCCAACGCCGAGGCGCUCGCCAGGGACCGGAAGAGGAAGCAAACCGCGCUUCCGGUCAAGGGUGAGCCCAAGAGAAUUUGCUUGGCGGACGAGGCUGCCACUGACUUUGUUGCCAAUUCGCACGACUCGACGAACUUUCAACAGCAACAGUCCAAUCAUCAGGCCGCCGCCGCCGACGAGUUUGACCAGCCGGCACCUUUGAGCCCCAAGUCUGAGGACGAAACGAGCAACGAAGGUCUGGUCGUCGACGUGGACGGCCCGGUCAACUAUCCCACCUCGUCGUCCCUACAGUUCAGCCGGGACUUUUCGGAGAUACGGCAGUUCGGUCAGAACAUGGGCAUGCGCACCUCGAUGCGUGGGGCCAGCAAGCGUGGGAGACCUCGGGGCUCGCGUGGAAAAACCCGCGGCGUGGUCACGCUGCACCAGCACUUCAAAACGCUGCCCGCUGCUGCCUCGGCUAUGGCUGGUACUGGCAUACCUGCUUCCGCGUCGCAUGGAUCCGCGGAUCAGCAAUCGGCGAGCAGUGCGUCCGCGUCGAUCUACCAGAGCUCGACGUCGUCGCACCACCACCACCACUCGCCGAGCGGCAAGUCGAUGUCGGGAAUCAGACGAGGCCCAGGCCGACCGCGGCUGCGACCGAACGGUCCGGGCAACCAAGGCUAUCGAGUGCACUCCCUUCAGCAGAAACGACCGUCCUCGACGACUCUUCCAGUUCCGAUUCGAGUGCAGCCCGGAUCUAGCACGAGCGGCGCCAGCGGUGAGCAACAGCAGCAAGGCUCUUCCUCGAGGCCGUUUGGCUUUUACACGCAACAGCAAGGCACCUGAUGGACAUCCUGUACAUAGUUAUUUAUUCGUCUCUUACUCUUUAUUUCUUGUCUCUUUUUGUACUGUACAUACGAGUUGUCUUACAUAGUUUUCCAACUACAAUAAAGUGUA